AUGGAAAGUGAUUAAUUUAGAUUUAUUUCUACAAAUACAUUUUCAAAUGUUGGAAACCUUUAAUAAAUAAUAGAUUCUAUUUCAAGUGAAAAUGAACUUAAUAUCCUUUAAUAAUAAUUUGACUAAAUUAGAUAACGAUUUUAAUAAAGGAUUUCAAAUACUAAUUAAGUCCCAAGUGAAUUCUGGAAUGAUAUAUCUAAUAAAAACAAAAAGAAUAUUGGUGUUUCAAUAUUACAGAAUGAUGGAAGUUUUAGUAUAAUAUUAAGUAAAAUUAGUUCUAACUGAUAAUUUAACAAGAAAGAUAUUGGAGAUUAAAACAGUUUCAGAGAUUUAGAAACGACUAUUUGAGUAUUGUGCUAUUGCUGGUUAAAAUAAGUUAUUAUAAUAAUUUAAUGAAGAAAAUAUUUUACUUCAGCAAAAUGAAGUUUAAAAGCAAUUUUAAAUGACAAUUUAUUCAGAAAAAAUAAGAAAAAGGACUAUGAAAAAUCUAAAUCAAGUGGCAAAAAAAGAAAAAAAAAAAUUAGAAAAUAUGGAUUUUAGAAAUCAAGAAAUACGAGUCUCUAAUUAAAAUAUUUAAGAAGAAAAGUUUGAUUAUUGGGAAAAAAUUAGGAUUAAAUAUUUAAAAACUAUCACUGUAAAAAUAACCAAAAUAAAUAUGUCUAUAAAUAAAGAUUUUUUGGAUUCAAUUUAGAAUUCCACAUAAUUAUAUGGAAGUCCUCAGCUAUAAUCUAUGGCUAAAAACCCAACACAAGAAUACAAUGUUGUGAAGUGUGAAAUUUCAGUAAACCCAUAUGUUGAAGAAUUAGAAAAUGAUGAUAUCUGCAAAGAUUAAAGGCUAUAAAUUUAUGAAGGUAUUCUUAUAAAUUAAUUUGUAGCAAAAUAUAAAGUAAGAUGCUUAGAAAUCAAAUCAGAAUUUAAAAAAAUAAAACAACUCAAAGAGUAAGCUAGAUUAGAAAAUCAAUUCUAAGGUUAAUGUAAUAUAUCUUCAGAAUUGCUAUAAGAUCUCAAUUCUCAGAUAUUAUAUUAAUGGCUAUGAC